AUGGCACCCAGACUUGACGCGUGGCGACUCGAUCUCAUCCGUGACAUGAUCCAAGACCCACAACCGUAUACUAACGCGCAGAUUGCCGAGGCUGCCCAUUGCACUCCACGAUCAGUCAGCACUAUCCGCUCGAACCUACGAUGCUUUGGAAGUGCCAGAGCGCCGGCCAACGGUAUCGGCAGACGACGAACGAUUACCCCACCUAUGAUCGAAGCUCUCUGUGAGCGUCUCAUUGAAAAGCCGGAUCUCUAUCAGGAUGAGAUGGCGGUUUUCCUGUGGGAUGAGUUCCGCGUCCUUGUCACCGUAUAUAGCAUUGGCAGAGCGCUUGCAUCGGUUGGAUGGUCUAAGAAAGCUGCAAGGCGGAUAGCAAGGGGGCGAAAUAUCGAGCUACGGGACUACUAUCUUCAUACUAUAUCGUCUUUUCGAUCCUAUCACCUCGUGUAUGUGGAUGAGUCGGGCUGUGAUAAACGAGCAGGUUUCAGACGGACUGGAUGGUCCCCACUGGGAGUGACACCUGUCCAGAUAUCUCAAUUUCACCGCGGGCAGCGAUACCAGAUACUUCCCGCGUAUGCUCAAGAUGGCGUUGUCCUUUCACGGGUUUUCCAGGGAUCGACGGAUGCUGGUGUCUUUGAAGAUUUUAUUCGCCAGCUUCUGGAUCACUGCGGGAGGUGGCCGGAGCCAAAAUCUGUUAUUGUUAUGGAUAAUGCUUCUUUCCAUCGUACGGAGGGUAUUCGGCACAUGUGUUCUGCGGCCGGUGUCAAAUUGGUAUACUUACCGCCCUACUCACCGGAUCUAAAUCCGAUUGAGGAAUUCUUCGCUGAGCUUAAAGCCUUUAUUAAACGACAGUGGCUGACAUAUGAAGAGAAUCCGGGCCAGGGUUUUGACUCCUUUCUCCAAUGGUGUGUUGAUGUUGUGGGGGCAAGAGAAAAAAGUGCAAAAGGUCAUUUUCGACAUGCAGGCUGGAAUAUUGAAGAACCUUGA